AUGGAAGAAUCUCGUGAACAAAAAGAAUUUAUUCAUUGGUUAACAGAAAAUGGAGCCAUCUUCCCGAAAAUAAAAUUUAUCAAGAAUGGAGUAUAUUCUACUGACAUAAUCAAUGAAAAUAAUGAAUAUGAAAUUUUUGCAUCAAUUCCAUUUUCAAUCAUAAUUAAUGAUAAAAUUGCUAAUAAAAAUUUACCAUAUUUAAAAGAUUUAUCAUCAUCAAAUUAUUAUUCUUCAUUAAUAAUUUUUUUAAUACAUGAAAAAUUAUUAGGAGAAAAAUCUUUUUAUUCCCCUUAUAUUAAUAUUUUACCUAAACAUAUUAAUUCAUUAUUAAAUUAUGAUGAAAAUGAAAUAAAUUAUUUAUUAAAAGGUACUGAUAUUGAAAAUUUUGUUAUUGAAAGAAGAUUACAAUUAAAAAAUUGUUAUGAAGAAAUUUUGGAACGUUUACCAUCAGAUGGAUUAUUAUUAAAAGAAAAAAUGACUUGUAUUGUAACUUCCCGUUCUUUCCCUAACAGAUUUAUUGAUCCUGAUGAUCCUGAUCCAAAAGAAGUUUUGAUCCCUUUAGCUGAUUCAUUAAAUCAUAAACCUAGACAAAAAAUCACUUGGGAAUUCUCUGAUGGAAAUUCUAUGCAAUUGAUUGCAGGGGAAACUAUUGAAUGUGGUAAAGAAAUUUAUAAUAAUUAUGGUCCAAAGGUGCGUAAUUUUGAUUAA